AUGCUCCAUGAUCUGAGGUACGACGAACAAUGUAUUAAAUAUGUAAAAAAGAAAAUAAUUGCUACUUGUAUUCGCACGUCGUAUUAUAUAUUCUGUAGACGAAACAAAGACUGGAACAACCCAGAACUUUUAAACUUUUAACUAAAUUUAAAAGAUUUUCACCUGUAUAUAUAUUUUAGCUUUAAACUCAAUUCAAGUGGUCAUCGAUAAGCUACCUUUUAUUAAGUGAGGUUUAUCAAUGUAUAUAUAGUAUAUCGUAAAUAUCUAAUAAAAAGUUUCCAUUAUUAUUAUUAUUAUUAUUAUUAUUAUUAUUAUUAUUAUAAUAAUAAUAAUCCGAAAAAUAAAAUUCUACUAUACAGUCGUUACUUGCUGUCAAAGAUAUCCUGGGACUUCACUGUUUCUGAUAUACCUAAGACCUGGAUCUGCGAAACGUUAGACAGUAUUGCGACAAAAUAUAUCCGAAAAUGGCUGGAACUUCCCGUCUCUGCAACCCUUAGCAACGUGUUGCUUCCACAAAACAAAUUUGGUCUGAAUAUUAUUCUCCCUUCGACAAAAUUUAUCCAAUGUCAAACUGUCUCUCGAUCAGCUUUAAAAUACUCACCAAACGUAGAUAUUAACAAUCUAUGGGCGGUGACGAGCACCAACAAGAACGUACAGUAUGAUAUUUACAAAGACACAAAAGACGUACUUAAGGCAGUUAGAAAAGAAAACGAACAAAGACUUCAAAACCACCUCAUUUCGCAAGGUUCUUUCUUUUCCAGUAUCAUGAAUCAUUCCACAUCCACAUUCAACUCUUUAUGGUCAUCCGUUCAGAGCAAACUUCCGAAAAACAUUUUUAACUUCACCAUCCGAUAUAUCAAUAACACACUUCCAACACGAAAGAACCUAUCAAAAUGGGGACUAUCAUCAACAUCCGAUUGCUCUUUCUGCUCCUCACCCGAAACGCUGCUCCAUGUGAUUGCUGGAU